AUGCAGGCAUGUACCCCACACACGGUUACAGGAUUCUCCCGCCCUGUGGACAAUCUGUGCAAAGAACGCGGAGUGGCCAAGAGGCGGCUAGCGGCUGCUGAGAGCAGGUCGUUUGGUACGGCUCUAAAUGCUGUCGGCAUCGCUUGCAUUCUUCGUCCGUCAAGUACGGCAAGACGAAGUGUGGCCGCUGCUUCAGGUGCGAAUGCACGGGAUCAGGGCCGGAGGUUGGUGCCAAAGUUGCCCAAUUACUUGGUGAGAAUCCUGGCUGGCAUCGCUCUUGGUGAAAUCAUGGGCCUUCCUACCUUUGCAGGUGGCCGGCCGUUCCUGGUUGCAUAUGUAUUUGUCGUGUACUUGAUCUCCAUCGAGUGCACUGGCUUUGUAGUGAGGGCCCAGCGCUGGGCUCUUUUCCUCGUCAGCGCCUCCAUCUUGGUAGCAGCACAUUGCAAAGUCCUGACGGGAAUAUUUGAAUGCGCCGCUGUUACCCUGCUUGGGCUGAUGCUUGUGCUGCAAGGGAACACCAAGUCCCCAGACGGCUCGUCGCCAAUAUCGUUUUCGCACAUCGCUUCUCAAGUCUUCGGGGUCUUCUACGUGGGUUACCUGCCGUCUUUUUGGGUACGGCUGAGAGCCAUGGGGCCCUUGCUGCCAGCUGGCGCCCCUUCAGGCUUCUUGACGGGGCUGCUCCGUCUCAUUCAUUGGCCUCUGGAUCGAAGCGUUGGCUGCUGUGUCACUGUUUCGUGCGUGCUUUGCAUCAUAGCCGCUGACUCCUUUGCGUACUUCGGAGGCAAGACUUGGGGCAAGACGCCGCUGAUUAUGAUCAGCCCCAAGAAAACCCAAGAGGGAGCCUUGUGCGGCCUGCUGGGCUCGGUCUUGAUGGCGCUGCUUUGUGACCAGGCUUGGGGUUUCCCCUCGGACCCCCUCGUUUCAGCGAGCGUGGGCGCUCUGGUCUUCUACGCCAGCCUCCUUGGGGAUCUCGUCGUCUCAGCCAUGAAGCGGGACGCGAAAGUCAAGGAUGCUGGGUCCCUCAUUCCUGGGCAUGGUGGCAUUCUCGACCGUUUUGACUCCUACUUCUUUGCGCCUGCAGUGGCCUACUUUUGUUGGCCAGUUGCCAUGGAUGCAUCCCAAUGGCUCGCCGAGCUCCCGAGCAAUCCGGAAGCUUAUGCGUGGUGGCCCAUCAUACUCUACAUGUUUUAUUUGAUGUCUGUCGUCUGCGACGACUACCUCCUGCCGGCGGUGGACGCCAUCAGUGCCCGCUUCCACAUCCCAGAUGAUGUGGCAGGAGCUACUCUGGUGGCCUUUGCAUGCAACGGUCCGGAACUUCUGACCAACAGCUGCUCCAUCUACUUGAACGACAGCUCUGUCGGCAUGGGUACCAUCGUCGGCUCUGCGAUCUUCAAUGUCCUGGUGAUCACGGGCUGCUGCCCACUGGUCGCGCCGAAGCGCGCGCUGAAGAUCAACCCUGCCUUUUUCUUGCGGGACGCGGGCUUUUCGGCCGUCUCCAUUUGGCUUCUGUGGUGGGCGCUCCCCGUGGUGGACUUGCUCAGAGCUUCCACGUUGCUGGCCUUCUCCGUGCUUUACGCCGUCGUGGUUGCGAAGAGCGAGCAGUGGUUUGGCGGCCAUCACUACGAUGGCACAGAAUCCUUGGCCUCUGGCCUGAUUACUUCACCUUCGAAAAUAGCCAGGCAAGUGUCUGAAUUAUCAAUGGAUGAUCUCCAGAUGCCAUUGGUGACAUCCCGAAGAACUCUGGUGGACGUUCUACUGUCACCCGGUGGUGUCUUGCUCUGGCUGACCAUCCCCAACGUAAAGCUGCAACCCAGCCGAUAUUUUGGGAGCUUCUUCGUGUCUAUGGCGUGGCUCAGCAUCACGGCCUACGUCGUUUGUCUCGGCUCUGACCGCAUCAACCUCUUUUGGGGCAUCCCGCGCAGCUUCCUGGGGCUCACCCUGGUGGCGGUGGGCACUUCUUGGCCAAAUCUGCUGGCCUCGGUGGCGACUGCCAGGCAAGGCCGGGGCGAGAUGGCGGUGAGCAACGCACUCGGGAGUAAUGUCCAGAACGUGUUCUUUGUACUUGCAUUGCCCAUCUUCGUGAGCGUCCUGGUGCGGGGCGACUACACCAGCGACAGCGCGGAGAUCUUGUCCUCGGUCUUGUGGAUGGGAGCCACACUGGCCGUGGUGGGCCUUUUGAUCAGCUUCUCAGGCUUUGUCUUGCGAGCCUGGGCGGGUGCCAUCUUCGUCGGGGUUUACUUCUUGUACCUCAUACAAGCCUCACGCGAGUUGCUGGCAUAG